UUCUCUCCCAUUGGCCCAUUCAUUUUGGCCUCUCUCUCUUGCUUUCCUCAUUGCAUCAGUGUCAGUGCUUAGCUCCAUUGAUCUCUCAAAACUAAGAGAGAGAGGGGAAACGAAAUGGCUUUAAGGAGUAGGAUCUUGGAGCAAGGAAUUCUUCUUCUUCUUCUUUUUUUGGUUUCUGGAGGUUCGACGGCGGCGAGUACGGCGGAGGAGUGCAAUUUAUUCGUCGGAAGUUGGGUUGUUGACGAGACUUACCCGCUGUACACGGCGGCGAGUUGUCCUUUCGUGCAGCACGAGUUCAGCUGCGUCAAAAAUGGCCGCCCCGAUUUAGGUUACACCAAGUACAGAUGGCAGCCUCUCAAUUGCGAUUUAUCCAGGUUUGAUGGAAAACUUUUCUUAGAAAAACUUAGGGGCAAAAGUAUACUAUUUGUGGGAGACUCACUUAGUCGGAAUCAAUGGCAAUCUUUGACAUGCAUGCUUCACUCCGCUGUUCCAAAUGCACAUUAUACUUUGACAAGGGUCGGAGAUGUUUCCACAUUCACUUUUACGGAGUACGAAGUGAAAGUGAUGCUCGAGAAAAAUGUAUAUCUAGUAGACAUUGUAAGAGAAGAGAUUGGAAGAGUGUUGAAAUUAGAUAUCAUUAAUGAAGGAUCGAGUAAGUUGUGGCAAAGCGUCGACUUUCUCAUUUUUAAUACUUGGCACUGGUGGAACCGCAGAGGAUCUUCUCAACCUUGGGAUUAUAUUGAAAUAGGGAAAGAGAUGUUGAGAGAUAUGGAUAGAAUGGUAGCUUUUGAGAAGGCUCUCACAACUUGGGGAAGAUGGGUUGAUCUCAACAUUGAUCCUCAAACAAAUAAUGUCUUUUUCCAAGGAAUUUCUCCAUCCCAUUACAAUGGAAGUCUAUGGGGAGAGCCAAGAGCAAAGAGCUGCGUAGGUCAAAACGAACCGGUGGCAGGCUCGGUGUACCCGGGCGGUUCACCGCCGGCGGUGGCGGUGCUGAAGGCUGUGCUAAGCAAAAUCAUAAACCCUAUUCACCUUCUAGACGUAACAGAGUUAUCACUGCUGAGAAAAGAUGGGCACCCUUCUAAGUAUGGCUUAGUUGGCAGAACUGGAUUGGAUUGUAGCCAUUGGUGCCUCGCGGGCGUUCCUGAUACUUGGAAUCUCUUAUUUUACAAUCUCAUUAUUUAAAAACUUUAUUUAAAUUAUUCAUUUUAAAUCUCCCUGGUUAUUUAAGAUGUUACUUUUUCUUGAUUUCUUAU